AUGAUGGAAGAUAAGCAGGAAAAGGUACUUGAUGCAGCAAAUGUUGUGGAAGCAAAGGCAAUGAAUGCAAUAGAUAAUGUUGAGAAGUCGAGCAUUGGAAACUCCAUUCCACUUGAGGUGAGUCUCCCCCUCCGUGAGCUAACGAAGUACCUAAUGUUCUUCACUAUAUUUGAGUCGAUUCCCAUAUACUUGAUUACUUGCGAAGGAAACAAAAACGAGUUUCUUCAUUGGAUUUCAAAAGCAACUGGGUUUGUUUUUCUUAUCAUAGCCAUCACGGCAGCAGUAUUAGACCUGGUUACAUUUUACGGCAAGCUGUUCUAUUUGUACAAGUUCGUUGUGCCUGUAACUCUUGUAAAAUCCGCCAUAGCAUUUGUUGUUGUAGUCUUUUCCAACAUCAGCUCGAUGUACGUUGUGAUUCUUGCUAUAUUAUAUUCCCUGAGAAUCACCGUAUUUGAUGCACUGUUUCUAUACUACCUUGCAAUCCUUCUGAGAAGAAUAGAGUCCGACGAUUACGACAACGACGGAGAGCGGCUCAAAGCAAAGGAAUCAAAGGGAGAGAAAGUAUGA